AUGGGACAGCUUAGAGGACAGCAAUCAGGAGGUUCUUCAGAGGAUGUUUACCAGCCUACACCACCAAAUCCAUCUUUGAGAGAUAAGGAUGAUGGUGCUGAGUAUUCAGAUGGGGAUAAGGAUGAGGAUGAGGAUGAUGAAAGUGUACACGAGUAUGAUUAUUUUUUAUUUCCACAGUUACACACCUCCUUCACAUACGAUGCUGGCGCAGACUUUCUCAAAAAUGACAUUCGCGUGAAGCCUGAUCUCGAUGCUUAUGGAGCUCUUGGUGAUGCUGGAUGGUACUGCAUCAGGGCAAGUCUUUGGGCUGCAGACUAUGACCUGCCCAAAACAGUAACAGCUUUGCGCGAACCGGACUUCAACGAAGCAGGGGUGAUUCUAUCAUGCGGAGCUUCUCUUUGGUGGGAGGACGGGAGAAUAGCAACCUUCUAUUGCUCUUUCCUUACCAAUUUUAGCAUGGACCUAACUGCUCUCGGAACAAAGGGUUAUUUGCGUGUUCAUGACUUUGCUGGUCCUUUUCAAGAGAAUGUUGGGACAUUUUUCAUAGCUUCGAAUUCCAAGUUUGGGGAACGCGCUCUAGGCUGUGAACCGAUACCGGGUGAGCACAUUGUCACGACCGAUCUUCCUCAGGAAGCUCUCAUGGUGACAGAAUUUGCUACUCUGGUUAAUGGUAUUAAGAGUAAUGGCUUGAAGCCGGAGAAGAAGUGGCCAACCCUCAGUAGAAAGACACAAUUGGUUCUUGAUGCAGUCAAGGGAUCGAUCGCCAAUGGUUUCGAGCCCGUUGAGAUUGUGAAUUAAUUAAUUGGAGAUUAUUGUGUGAUCACGUACUUUUAUG